AUGAAUUGUUUAAUUCUCACAAUAAUAACAGCUUUGUUAUUUACAACCGCUAACUCCCAGGAGCAGACUUUUCCAAGUUGUGCUAUAGCACAAUUUGGUUUUGAUGAAGCACUAGGAUCUUCAGGACAAAGCCAAAUCCAAUUUGGUAUAUGUAAACUGGAUAACGGGACCUCUCUCCGUGAGACGAAAUGGGAAUAUCUAACCGGAGUAAGUAUAUCCGGGGAUAAGGGCAUUGUCAGUACCUCACAACUUAAUUUCGAUAUUUUGACAGGGGGUGAUCCAAACACUGUAGUAAAUGGGGAAGUUUAUGGUAAAAAGAUGACAACUUCAAACUUCACUUUCGGUGCGAGUGCUUACUUGAUUGUCCCCAAAACUGGAUACUACACUUUUAAUAUCGCUGCCACAGAAGGUGCAUUAAUGAAUUUGAUGAACCCAACUAAUACAUGGUGUUGUGACAACCUUGAAUGGCCAGUAGGAAAUAUAUAUUUCUACGUUGCGGACCUUCAAUCAGAACCGGAAAAUAAUAAACCGGAGGACUCUGUUUAUCUUUUAGCAGGUUUCCGUUACAAUUUUCUUGUGAUGUACCUGAAUACCAAUGGUGCAGACGCUUCGCUAGAACUAACAAUGACAGAUCCAGAUGGAAACACAUAUACAGAUAUUGACCAGUUCCUACACAGGGUUACAAGUAUUGAUGCUGAUUAUUGUUCUUAUAUCAAUGUCAGUUCGACCACCACAGUCGAAUGGGAUAGUUCAUACACAGAAACAUCGAUACAAUAUGCAACUUCUACAAACAGCGCUGGCUCGAAGGUUAUUGAAUCAUUGUACAUUGUUCAAACUCCAGCAUUUACCUCGGCCAGUUCUUCAUCUACUUCAGAGGUUGAAAGCUCUUCAACCAUCGAAACCUCGUCAACCAUCGAAAGCUCGUCAACCAUCGAAAGCUCGUCAACCAUCGAAAGCUCGUCAACCAUCGAAACCUCGUCAACCAUCGAAACCUCGUCAACCAUCGAAAGUUCUUCGACCAUUACUUCUGAACCAGUAUCCUCUACGGUUGUUUCAUCUGAGACUGAAUCAUCUAGUAUUGGUAGCUCUGAAGUUAUUACUUCAAGUGCAAAUAUCUCGGAACAAGAAUCCUCAGGCACCAUCACUUCUAGUCCAUCGUCGUCUUCUACGGACGAUUCCUCAGUUACAAGCCCAACUUCUAAUUUCAGUUCAGAAUCACCUGUAGUGUCUUCAAGUAAUAGCGAAUACUAUACUUAUUCGUCUACGUUGGAGUCUGAGUCUGAGUCUGAUACCACAACAUUACCUGGAACAGAUAUCUCCAGUGACUUCUCAACUUCAACAUCUGUCAGCGAAUCAUCUACUCAGGCAUUUUCUUCAACUGGACCAAGUUCUACUGAUGAUUCUGUGUCGAAGGAUAUUUCUUCGUCACCAAAAGCCUCUGAAACAAUAGAUAUUUCAAGCGUCUACCCGGAAGCUACCUCCAGCAGUUACUUUUCUACAAAAAAGGAAGAUGCCCUACACUCAGCCGAAGAUAUCACAGAGACCACUGUUAUCGAAACCACUUUAACUACUUUAAGUUCCACACCUACCUUGGUUCCAGGAGAAUCAACAGCAUCUUUGAAAUAUUUUACAUCUACCUACAUAGCAGAUUCAACCACUACAAUUAUCGUUACAAGUGGUCCAGAUAACACUUACGAUACAGCCGAGACACCUUCAAUCGAUGAAACAACUCAGGUUACAGAAAAAUGUGGUGAAAAUUGUUCCACAUCUACCACAGAUUCAUCAAAUAGUGAAGGAGUUGACACCGCUACAUCUAUAAGUUCAAGCACCCAAAUUGCAGGUACUACUAGUUCCAUUAAACCAACAGUGGCAGUUGUUUCAAGUGCACAAUCAUCAGAUUUAGCCACAAACCAUAGCAUAUUGGAAAACCUAAAUGCAGGUUCCAACAUAAAAACCAACAUAUUCACAUUCUUAAUCUCUUUUACACUUUCACUACUGUUGUGA